AACUUAUUUAUUAUAAAGAAUAGUGUGUUAGAGUGGCCAAGAAUGGAUGACCUCAUCGACAAUCAUAUGCAUGUAUUCAUCCAUUUGUACACAAUCGUCUUCUUCAUGUCUCUAAGUCGUUGUUUGUUUUCGUUAAGAAACUAAAACCAUUUUUUUUUUGUGAGUGAGACUCGGCGAAUUUCAUCAUUGUUUUCAUCUCCCAAACUUCCCCUUUUCAGUCCCACAAAAAGCCAUUUCGAUUGCCUAUUUAAAUCCUUAUUCCAAAUUCAGAACACCCCCACUGUAACCAUGGAGGACAACGGCGGAGCCAUGGGAGCACCUCACCAGAGGAAAUUCUCUCUUCCGGUUGACUCCGAACACAAAUCCACCAAAUUCAACAUAUUCUCCGUCGCAGCUCCCCACAUGCGAACGUUUCACCUCUCUUGGAUUUCCUUCUGCGCUUGUUUCAUUUCCAGUUUCGCCGCCGCUCCUCUGCUUCCGGUGAUUCGUGACAACCUGAAUUUAACCGAUACCGACAUUGGGAACGCCGGAAUCGCCUCCGUCUCCGGCGCCGUGUUCGCAAGAAUCAUGAUGGGUUCCGCUUGCGAUUUAGUCGGACCACGUAUCGCCUCUGCUUCACUCAUCCUCAUAACUUCACCGGCGGUUUAUUUAACCUCUAUAGUCUCAUCCCCUGUUACGUUUUUCCUCGCCCGAUUCUUCACCGGAUUCUCCCUCGCUACAUUCGUCUCAACCCAAUUCUGGAUGAGCUCCAUGUUCUCCUCCAACGUCGUCGGCACCGCCAAUGGCGUCGCCGGCGGCUGGGGGAACUUAGGCGGCGGCGCAACACAGUUAAUCAUGCCGUAUGUUUUCGCCAUAAUCGAACAUAUUGGCGCAACGAAAUUCACUGCGUGGAGAAUCGCUUUCUUCAUCCCAGCUUUAUUCCAAACGCUUUCCGCCUUCGCGGUUCUCCUCCUUGGCGAGGACACGCCAGACGGGAACUUCGGGCGGCUGAAGAAAACAGGGGAAAAGGCAAAAGACAAAUUCUCAAAAGUUUUGUACAACGGGGUGACGAACUACAGAGGAUGGAUUCUGGCAUUGACUUAUGGGUAUUGUUUUGGAGUGGAACUGACGAUUGAUAAUGUAAUAGCGAAUUACUUUUACGAUCGGUUUGAUUUGAAUCUGCAUACGGCGGGGAUAGUGGCGGCGAGUUUUGGGCUAGCGAAUCUGUUUUCGAGGCCGUACGGCGGAGUAUUGUCAGAUGUGGUGGCGAAGAGAUAUGGGAUGAGGGGGAGAUUAUGGGCUUUGUGGUUGGUUCAAACAAUUGGAGGAAUUUUGUGUGUUGUUCUUGGAUUGGUUGAUUCUUUGAGUUCUUCCAUUGCUAUUAUGCUUAUCUUUUCAGUGUUCGUUCAAGCUGCUUGUGGACUUACUUUUGGUGUCGUUCCUUUCGUCUCCCGAAGGUCACUAGGAGUAAUAUCAGGGAUGACAGGCGGGGGUGGGAACGUCGGGUCAGUGCUGACACAGCUAAUAUUCUUUAGAGGCAACAGAUACACAAAAGAAACAGGAAUAACUCUAAUGGGAGUGAUGAUAAUAGCUUGCACUCUACCAAUUGUAUUGAUUUAUUUUCCUCAAUGGGGAAGUAUGCUUUUAGGGCCAUCUUCCAAAAUCGCUUCUGAGGAAGAUUAUUACUUAUCUGAAUGGAGCGAUGAGGAGAAGACCAAAGGCUAUCAUAUAGGAAGCCUUAAGUUUGCUGAGAAUAGUAGAAGUGAAAGAGGCAAACCCCUUAAAGGAACCGCUGAUGCUGAUGAUGAUUCCCCGUCUCAUGUUUAAAUAACAAAACAAAUUUCCUUUUAGGCCCUGAAUCUAUUGGGCUUAAGGCCCAUCCCAUUUGUAGUGUAUUUUCUUUGUUUUAGGUAAAGAGUGUGGGGGUGAAAAUUAAAGAAGGAAAAAAAAAAAAAAAGAAAAAAGAAGGAAAAAAAGGCACUUGCAUACCUUUAUUAGGGUAGAUGUGAAACGUAUUAACUAAGUAAGUUGUGUUUGAGUUAGCUAAGCAAGAUAGUUUAUAAAUUUGAUGUAAGUUUUAGUUGAACGUGUGGUAAUGUACUCGUUUUCAUUA